AUUGCUGGGAGGAGUUGUGGCCGCACGGUACUGCAGUCUAACAAACACCGUGAUAUGCUCUAAACCCUCUUCCGACAGCAGCCCGCACAGCUCUGUUCUCUUGGCGAGUUGCUCCACGGUACAGUAAAUAAGGCGAGAUAUCUUGACAGCGUUGCCGCUAAAGCCCCCAUGGUCAGAAGAUGGAAGGAACGCGUAUGACCAUCAAAAAGCCAACCCAGAAGAAGCAUUGCGGGAUACGGGUUUGAAAGUACAUGUGUUGGAAUUCUGAUGGGUAGAUAGCCAUCAUGGAAGAUUAUUUCGAGGCGGCUUUUACAGCCGGCAGCUUUAAUUCCAGCUCCGAAUGCUCCGUCAACAAAGAGUUUACUUUUCGGUUCCUGUCUUCCGUUUACCUCGUGGUCUUCUUGAUUGGACUGCUCGGCAACGCUUUCGGCUUGUGGAACUUGGCCGCGAACUGGAAGAAAUGGACUUCUUUGAACGUGUUCGUGCUAAACCUGGGAAUCGCGGAUCUCCUGUACGUCGCCACGCUGCCCUUUUUUGUGUCUUAUUACGUCAACAAAGGGAAGUGGAUGUUUGGCUACGGGUUCUGCCGACUGGCGCGCUGUCUGUUUCACGUGAACAUGUACGCCAGCAUAAGCUUCCUCACCUGCAUCAGCGUCCAACGCUACGUUGGCAUCGUCCACCCGAUGAAAAUGAUGGGCCGGUUCCAGAAUUUAAGGCAUUCUCUGUACAUCAGUGUCCUGGUGUGGAUUUGGGUGGUUAUCCAGAUCCUGCCGAACCUUCACUUCAGGAACGCCGAGAAGAACAACACCUUCUGCCACGACUCAACGGUUAACGAGCAUUUGGAGACGUACACGCCGUACUCCUUGAUGAUAACGUUUACCGGGUUCUUGAUUCCCUUUGUCAUCAUCGUGGUGUGUUACACGCGCGUCCUUACGGUCCUGAUAAAAAACAAAAACGUGGAUCCCAACCUGAAGAGAAGGAGCAUCAAGCUGGUCUGCAUCGUUCUCGUCCUGUUCUCCAUCUGCUUCUUCCCCUAUUACUUCUUCCGAAAUCUUAACUUGCUAUCGCGGUCUUGGCAGCUGCGGGGAACCUGCACCAAGACGCUGAAAAGUGUUUACGUAUCUUAUCAGGUUACCAGAGGUUUGGCCAGCUUGAACAGUGCCAUUAACCCCUUGCUGUACUUGGUGACCAAUGAGAACUUUGUUUCCAAGUUCAGGAAGCUGAGACAAAAAGCUUGGUUUAAGUUUGUGUACCUGGGGAGAAAUCAAAACCUUCGCAACAUCGAAUCGUUAAACGUUGACGGAACCAAAGAACUUGAGGAGGUAUCCGAGGAACUGUGAAUUUUAAUAUAAUAUUAAGGUAUAUAUACGU